CGGGAAAUGUCAUGCGAUCAUGUCUGCCUGCUUGUUGUCACAUACGCACACAAAAUACAAGCAUAAUGUUGUAAACAAGAGGCGUACUUUGUACCAUUUUGUACUUUUUCCGACCAGGCUUAAAUCUUUAGUACCAGACGAACAGCCAUGGUGACCUUCAGAGAGAUCGUGCUUUCCUUUAGCCUGUUAUUUUGCCAUCUUUUCGGGGCCGAAUGCAGGAUCUAUGAACCCAACGCGAGAUUACUGUACGGACAGACAGAUGCUGUGUUGGUCUUCCCCGGAGGCGUCCUUGAGGACAAAAAUUUCGGUUUCGGAAGAGAGGGUUUGCUGGAUUUUGAGCUCGAGUGUGAACCAACAACACACAAAAACUCAGAGAUCCCAACCCCCAAUUUGUGGCUUCUUGGAUGCACAGCAUUAGAGAAAAGAGAGAUUGUGGAAGUGGGCCGCACCGGUCUGAACCAGGCCUGUCAGAAGCUCCAGUACCCACAAGGGGCUGAGAAGAACUUCACCAUGCUGUGCCAGGCCAUACCCAUGGAGCCCUUCGCCCCGUCGCAGCAUGGCAACUACUGGAGGGCCCACCACAGCUUCCACAGGGACGCGUUCCUGAGGUUCCUAAUGCUGCAGUGUCCGCGGGAGGUGCCCAAUAAGACCAGGACUAGGGUUGCUGAGGCUCAGUGCAAGGGGAGACUGGUGUUGAUGAAUAGCAAUGGGCGGAGCCACCUGAGCCAGGAUGAGGGGGCCCUGCUGCCAAUCUACAAGGUGCUGCUGAUGUUGUGGGUCAUCCUGCUUGCCCUCUGGAUUGCCAAUUGGCUCAAGUUCAGACAGUAUUCCAACCACCUUCACAAGUUACUCUUCGUUGCCCCAUCAUUCAAGUUCCUCCUGUUGACAUUGACGCUCGUGAAUUGGGAAGUUGUCGCAGCUACAGGAUAUGAGAAUGUAUCACUCCAGAUGUGUCAAGACAUGGUGCAGAGCACCGAGAUUGCCAUGCUGUUCAUGAGUAUGAUGCUGGCUGCGGAAGGCUGGUGUGUGCUCAGACCGCUAAUCAGGAAUAUACGCUGCGUACUCAUACCAGUAUUAUUCCUUGUGUUCCUUGGUUCCUCGAUAUGUGUCAUCUGGGUGCAUAAUUACUUUAUGGCAUUUGCCGUAUGUAGCAUCAUCUUUGUCAUCUACCGCGCCCUCAAGUGGUGCUCCUACAAUCUGGACUACCUGACGCGCCAGCUUCUGCGCAGCAUGCGCUACAUCCAGGAGAAGCGUCUGCGCUUCCGCGGCGUCAGCAUCCUGAAGCAGCUGGCGGAGAAGCGCAACAUCUUCGUCCGGCUGCGGCUGGUCUGCGCCAUCUACACCAUCGUCUUCGCCGUGGUGGUCACCAUGUCCACGUUCCUGACGGAGUACGCCUGGGCCCGGACGCUGGCCUCGGAGCUGCCCGAGAUUGCCGUCUUCACCAGCCUGGGGCUGAUCUUCAGGCUCCGGGACUUCGGGCCGUUUGAGAACAUUGAGGUCAUUCAGCCCAAGGAGAACGCGGUGAUUGUCCUGCUGCCGUUUCCAAGCAGAAGGUGGCCCUGGCAACAAAAAAUAGCCCUUGGGGAGCCUACGGAAAGCUCGACAGACUAUUCCGAUGAUGAUGAUUAUGAGGAUGAUAAGACAUGAAAUGUUAAGCCGGAAACGGCCUCCUUACUAAAAUAGCAACUCAUAGUCUGAAAACUUGGUGGAUGUUACCAGAGCCAUUAUGUAGAAGCACAAUUGUCAUAUCAGCGAUCAACGUUUUGGAUUCUCUUCAGUUCCCGGUGUUCAGGUGGUAUUACACUUCAUGAUCAAGGACCAGUCAUUCUACCCUAACCUUCCCAAACCCUCUAAAAUCCUCUUUGCAAAAUGGAGGAUUUUGCAGGAUUGAGGCUAUAUGGCAAAAGUGUGUGGCUGAUUUUGAAGGAUGCACCGUGUCAAGGUCUU